AUGGAGAUUGCUUCGACUUCUAGGGCUUUUGAUUUGUUCCCGACAGAUGAAAGAUUCAAAAUUAAAGAUGCUGGCAUCAAUUUCUCCUUCUUCUCAGUAAACCCAAAGUUCGACGACCCCGAAAAAUUGAGUCGAACGGGAAGAGAUCGCAAGGAAAGGUGCGACGUUGUUACGGCGGCUCCGAGGAAACGCAAAUACUCUGUUUCUGAUGAAGAGAAGCCGGAAAAGAGGCAAAAGAAGGCCAUCGACGCUUUCAAGUCUAAGGAUACACAACCGGUGGCUGCCGCCAAGUUUAGGAAACCGGAGCCAUCAGUUAGGGCUUCGAUCAGAGUUCGUGGUACGAAGACGAAUUGGAAGGUUAAGCGACUGAUUCCUGACAAAUCUCUUACGACUUCGAGCGUACAACAACAAAACCUUCCACGGUCUGACUCUUUCCACGAUACAAAGACGACGCCCAAGGUUAUUACAACAAAACCAGGUGAAAAGGUUGAGAAUCAGAAUCACAGUUUGAAAGACUUGGUAGCAAAGGCGCGAGAGAAACUGCAGGAAAAGAGACAGAUCGAUCAUGGGAUGACUUGCAUCGCAAGACAGAGGAUAGCUGCUCGGUUAGCCCGAGAGCAGGUGGUAGCAACCGUUGCUUUCGAUGAUCAUCUUGACUAUCACACGGAGUUAGAGCAGCUUGGGUGCGAUUUCAUCCACGAUCAAGUCAGUUGCUUGAGCAUGUUCAAUUUGCUGUCAAGAAGCGACUACAUUGAUGAUUUCAACUCUGUCUUGGAGAAGAAGGAAAUGCCACGGUCUGGUUGA